CUGGGAUUGGAAGAACCGGGACGUUGAUAGCUUUGGAUAUCCUCCUGAAGAUGGCGAGAGAUGUGAAGAAGGUGAAUGUGUUCAGCUGCGUCCAGCGGCUACGAAAGAGCAGAGUGAACAUGGUGCAGAACAAGGAACAAUACGCCUUCCUAUACGACAUCCUCCUGGAGGUGCUGCUGUGUGGCAUGACCAGCGUACCUGUGCCGGACAUCAAGAGACACCUUAGUCACAUGACCAGACAGGACACCUGCACUGAUAUGGACGGGUGCGACAGGGAAUUCCAGGCUUUGGGGGAAAUAACGGAAUUAUAUCAGAUUUAUCCGUGUAAAGAAGCGAAGAAACCAGAAAAUCUGAGCAAGAACCGGAACUCCAGGAUACUGCCAGAUGACCACUCUCGUCCCAUUCUGCUGUCAUCGUUGACAAGAGAUAGCACCCCCGGGUACAUCAACGCUGUUUUUGUAAAUUCUAACUGUCUCGACGAUGUCAUGAUUGCCACCCAACUGCCCAUGGAGGAGACUCUGAAGGAUUUCUGGUCCCUGGUCUGGGACUACAAGUGUACGUCAGUGGUGAUGAUGCACCGGGCCCGGGACCUGCAGCAGAUCGGUUUGUUGCGCUUUUGGCCACAUCGGGGAGAAUCCGGUUAUGGGGGCUUUAUCGUCAUGGCGACUGUCAACCAGUCAGAGAACGGCUACAGGCAGACGUCGCUGAGUGUGAGGAGGGCUGGCGAGAUGUUGGACUCUGCCCUGGACGUGACGCUGUGGCAGCUGGACUCGUGGCCCCUGGAUCGGGAUCUCCCUCACAAUCCGUCCGCCCUCGUCACCCUGAUCGGGGACGUGGAAAAACGUCAACAGCAGAUGGCGGACAGCCACAUCCUGGUCACCUGCAGUGACGGUGCGAGCCGCUGCGGACUGUUCUGCGCCGGCCUGAUUCUCUGUGAUCAGAUCCGCAGUGAUGGCGUCGUAGACGUGUGCCAGGCCGUGCGGUUGCUCCGGAAAAGACGCUGCCAGUUUAUCCCUAGUAAGGUAAGUGCUGUGUGGUAA